AUGAGCUCCACGCUGACGAUCAAAACCACCGAUAACCCGACGCAGAUUGCGAACAUGGCCAAUUCCGACGUCCCCGCGCCGAGACACUCGUCGCGCAACGUCAACUCGGCGUACGCAUCGAACAACAUGAAGAAUCACAAGGGGGCCGCGGCGCCGAGCGACCCCGCGUGGGUUAAUCCCCCCGCGACGAAGCGUCAGCGCACCGACUCCAAGCACGACACCGAGGACGGCACGCACACGCCCGGUCCCAACACCCCCGCCACCACCAACUCAGGCGGCACUCCCGCCAAGUUGGCGAGGCCGGGUGACUCGAGCGGCUCGGAGGGUGGCAACAACAACCCGGCGCUGCGGGGGGUGGACAAGAAGGCUCGCGCCGCGUGGUCAGCUGAGGCUGCGGCGCUCGGGUACGAGGCUGGCACCAUCAAGAACAGCGCCUACGUCCUCCUCGCGGCGUCGGGGGCCGGCGGCAUGACCGUCGCCGCCAUCGUCGACGCGGCGACCAAGCAAGGGCUGUACAGCUGGGGCACGUGCAAGACCCCGAACAACUCCGUCACCGCCGCGCUCUCCCAGGACACCACCUUUGUGCGCAUCGCGCCCUCCACCUACGCGCUUCGCAGCACGCUGAAGGGUGCCGCCGGUCCGGUUCCGCAGGCGAGGACAUCCUCCGGGAGCAUCAACAGCGGUGCGCCCACGCGCAGCGGCAGCGGCCUGAGCGGCGGGGCCGUGGCCGGGCGUAACGCAUCGGGCCAGAACGCGAGCUCGAAGGCGAGGAAGAGGGAGCGAGAGGCUGCCGCGCGAGAGGCUGCGCGAGAGGCUGCGAUUGCGGGACCGCCGAGGAUGGACGCCGGCUUGGACGUGGACGCGGUGGCUGAGAUGAUGGAGGACGAGUACGACGCCGCGGCACCCAUGAUGAUGGGCCACGGCGUGUCGUACGUGGUGCCAAAGUACGGCGGAAGCGGUCUGGGCGGCGAGACGUACGAGCACAUGGCGCGUUCGCUGGCGAUGGAGUCGUACCGCAGGAGGAUGGACGUGUGCGGCGGCGCCGUGACGGCGGAUGCCGAGGCGUUCGUGCCCCUGCCGAUGACGAGGCCCGAGUACGACAUGGAGGAGGCGACCGCGGGAAGCUGCCUGCUCUGGUACCCCACCGCCAACCCGGCGCCCGAGGUGUUCGAAAGGCCGAGCCCACUCAAGGAGCCGACCGAGGCGUUGAUGCGCGCGUCGUCGUGGAAGGAUGAGGCCAAGGCGGCGAUGGCGGGGUCGCCGGUGUUUGGCGGUGCCGACAGGGAGAUGUCUCGACUGGGAAGCGGACAUUUGCCCAAGUGGGUGCUGGAGUCCUUCAACGAUUCCAGCAUCGCCGCCGCCUGAUGGGACUAGGUGUACAGGGCACCGCCGAGGGGCGUGUGCCAGGCGGGCAGGAGCCCGAGAAGGGGGCCCGAGAUUGAUUGACAUCACCGACGAGAUGAGUUCACGCGCGAACGAAUCAGGUUUUGUUUUUUUCUCUUUCCCGCUGCACUUUUGUGUUUUGUGUAUUGCCGCCGCGCGUGUCUGUGGAGGAAAGACCCUACGGAUGACGCGUUUUCAAUACCCUGUGUAAGAUUAUGGAGCACUGACGACGAGAAAAGCCUGUUUAUAUGUUCAGUGUCAGCCGUGGCGUAUGAGGAGGAUGGAGACGAGGAAGAUCACGUCAUCAGGAUGUGAUGACGAGGUGGCGCGAGCUACGAGCGAAGCUUAGAUAACUUAUGAAGUGAGACCCGCGUUGAUAAUAAAAACGAAGGUGUACCGUGUUC